AUGACUACGGAUAUCAAUCAGAUUGGAUCACAAAAAGUUAAAAGCAUCACCAGCGGUGAGACAGUAGAGUUGAAAAGCUUCUGGGAGGACCAGAAUGUUGCUAUCAUAUUCUUCAGACGCUGGGGUUGCAUGCUCUGCAGAUUAUGGGCCAAAGAGUUGAGUGAAAUUGCUCCAGUAUUGAACAAGCACAAUGUGAAGUUGAUCGGUAUCGGCGUCGAGGAGGCCGGCUCUAAGGAUUUCAUAAACGGGAAAUAUUUUGAUGGAGAUCUGUACUACGUGGACAACAUAUCAACAUACCAACAGCUUGGCUUCAAAAGAUUUAACGUGGUCACUAUAAUCACAUCGCUAUUCUGGAAACAGUCCAGAGACGCCAUAUUUAAAGGACGCGGCAUGGGAUUGGGAGGAGAUUUGAAGGGAGAUUGGGUGCAAACCGGAGGCGCUGUGCUUGUCCAAAAGGGCGGGAAUCUCCUACGUCAUUUCACUCAAAGUGGCCCCGGUGAUCAUUUGUCUAAUAAGGAUAUCUUGAAGCACUUCGGGCUUGAGAACGAGUACAAUCCAGAAACGAUGGCCAAUAAGAAACCAGAAGAAAAGGAGUGCACUACAGAGGCGCAGUCCUAA